CCGCAACCACUUCCGGGGCGGGAGCGGGGCCGCAGCGUCCGGGCGCUGCGGCGGCAUCCCGCGCGGAGGGAGCCCGGGCGUGCGUGGCGGCGAGCGGGAGUGCCUGAAGGAGUGCGGCGGCGACAGCGGUGGCGGCGGCUGCCCCGGACCCAGCGCAGUGAUGUCGGAGCUCAGUGAUGAGGCCAGUGAGCCAGAACUCCUGAACCGCAGCUUGUCCAUGUGGCAUGGGCUGGGAGCUCAGGUCAGCAGGGAGGAGCUGGCGGUCCCGUUGGAUCUUCACACAGCUGCUUCCAUCGGCCAGUAUGAAGUGGUGAAGGAAUGUGUACAGCGGAGGGAGUUAGAUUUGAAUAAGAAGAAUGGUGGCGGCUGGACCCCACUGAUGUAUGCCUCCUACAUCGGACAUGAUACCAUCGUGCACCUGCUGCUCGAGGCGGGGGUGAGCGUGAACGUGCCGACCCCGGAAGGGCAGACUCCGCUGAUGCUGGCUUCCAGCUGUGGCAACGAGAGCAUCGCCUACUUUCUUCUCCAGCAAGGUGCCGAGCUGGAAAUGAAGGACAUUCACGGCUGGACUGCCCUCUUCCACUGCACCAGCACUGGGCACCAACAGAUGGUCAAGUUCCUUUUGGACAGUGGAGCGAAUGCCAACGUGAGGGAGCCCGUGUACGGAUUUACGCCUUUGAUGGAAGCAGCUGCCGCUGGCCAUGAAAUAAUUGUGCAGUAUUUUCUCAAUCAUGGAGUCAGAAUGGACACGAGAGACCACAGUGGAGCCACAGCCCGGAUGCUGGCCAAGCAGUAUGGACACAUGAAGAUCGUGGGGUUGAUAGACGCUCACUCGCCUUCUCUGCCCAAGAACCUCUAUCGGAGUCCAGACAGAUUUGAAGAUCUAAGCUCUUCGGAUGAAUCCUGCCCCGUUCCUCAGAGACAGAGGCCCUGUCGGAAGAAGGGCCUCAGCAUCCAUGAGGGACCUCGAGCCCUGGCCAGGAUCACAGCCAUUGCACUUGGAGGCAAGCUGCAGCAGCCCUGCCGUGAGCAGGUGCCUCUGCCUGGCUAUGUCACCUUCAACAGCAGUGAUGAGAACCCGCUUGAAGGGGGGGGCCUCUGCUACAGGGACGUCACCUCCCCGAUCAAUGACCGGGACGUGGACAGCAGCAGCAGCAGCAGUCGGGAAGAGCACACCUUCUGCGCCAACCUGGGGGUCGUGAGGCGCAGCAGCAGCAGCGAGGGCCUGACGAGAGCCCUGGGAGUCAGCAGUGAGGCCUCUCUGGAGAGCAAUGAGGAUUCCGAUCACACCUGUAAAAGUUUGGUUCGCAAGCAAGCUAAAAGUUACAUGAAGACCAAGAAUCGUUAUGGUAACAGCGACGGCCAGUGGCCUACAAGCACCGGGACUUCGGGGGCAGCGUCUUCCCCAGGAUCUAUUCUCCAGACGGAGAGGUCGCCCUACUCGGGACCUCAGGACCUUGCCACGCUGCUGGAGCAGAUUGGGUGUCUGAAGUACCUGCAGGUGUUCGAGGAGCAGGACGUGGACCUCCGCAUCUUCCUGACCCUCACUGAGAGCGACCUGAAGGAAAUCGGCAUCACGUUGUUCGGGCCUAAAAGGAAGAUGACCUCUGCCAUUGCCCGCUGGCACAGCAGUGCCCGUCCCCCCAGUGAUGCCCUGGAGCUGGCAUAUGCCGACCGGCUCGAAGCAGAGAUGCAGGAGCUCGCCAUCCAGCUACACAAACGCUGUGAGGAGGUGAAGGCCAUGCGCGGCCAGGUGUCGCAGGAGCAGGAGCUGCGCGCCGUGGUGGAGAGCUGUCUCCUGGAGCAGGACGGUGCCCGUAAGGAUGUGCACGCCCAGCUGCAGGAGACCUGGGCCCUCGCCCGGGACGCCGCUCUCGUCUUGGACCAACUGCGAGCCUGUCAAGCCGAGCUGUCAGCCAGAGUGAAGCAGGAGGUGUCCACCCGAGGGUCCACCCCGGGCACAGCCCUCCCCACAGCUGACUCCCAAGGCUGGCAGGCCUCCCUGCAGGCUCUGAGCCUCCCUGAGCUGUCAGGAGCAUUGGAGGAUCGAGUCCAGGAAAUGGGGCGAGUGCUAUGCUCAGUGACCCAGAGCUUGGAGAAGCUGCAAGUACUGAACAGGAAGGAGAACUGGCGGGAGCCUUAGCUGGGAGGGACGUCUUCCCUUUCCCUUCUCAGAAUCUGACGUUGGGUGACUCAUCCACCCUGAAGCUGUGUGCCUGGAAGACAGGAGCGUGGAGAGCAAGCGGCUGCAGCAGGCUGGACCCCAGUAGGCCAGAGGAUCAGGCCCCCAGAGCAGCUGGCAGAAGCAGGACAGGGCUGGGGCCAGUGCAAGGAGCGAGGCCCACACAGAGGCAGGACGAGGGCCUGUAGGCCAGAACCUGGGGGUGAGGCCCCGAACGGGCAGGGCCACGGGGAGAGAGCAGGUCCCCGUACACCACAGGUGCCACACGGACAGGAUUGGGCACCUGGGCAGCAUAUGUCAUUUGCUGGAAAAUAAAAUGUAAGCUCUACUGGUGAGGGGCUGUGUUCUGGACCCACCACAUGCAGUACCAGCUGGCAAGCCAGGCUGAGACCCCCCCACUGUAGUAUCCAACCCACUGGGACCCAGGCCCCCUCUGUCAGGACAGAGACCACCAUGCUCAGAGCAGGGCUGACCCCCACCUGCUCUGUCCGGCCCCUAUAGCUUCUAGGGCUCCCUUUGCUGCGAGCCCCCUUGAGUCUGCAAAAGCAAUCUGAAGAGUGACGCAUACCCCCAAGCCCCAAGGAAAUAAGAGAGGAACAAGGUACAGGUGUUUUAUUUACAGAAUGAAGUGCCUUUGCCCCAACGUGCCGGCCACUUCAUCGAGGCUCUAAGGUGAAACAGGCGCUCAGGCUGGGCCAGAGCACAGCUUUCCUUACCAGGCCAAGCAGGUGCUGUGGAAACUUUGUUAGCUUCACUGAGGAGUCCUUCCGGACAUAGGGCCAUAGGAGACUGCCCGUGGUGACGUUCCCGUCUGUGGUGGCUCUGCGGUUGUCAUGCUGCACACUCGACCAGUGCUUCCAUACCACGUCCUGGAGCUGCCUGCAGCCUGUGCUGGGAAUGGAGAAAGGGAGGCUUGCAAAGCAAAGAGCAGUGAGCUGAGCUCAGCCCAGGUGCGGCCAGAAGCCCCAGACCAGGCAUAGGGCCCACAGAGGCCUGAAGCCGGCAGUCCCACAGCAACAGCAGGGAAGGGGAUGGCCCCUCCACCUGGACAGGAGCCCCAUAUCAGCUCUAUGCUGAAUGGAGCCAGCACUCUUGCGCCUAGCUCUGGCCCUUAGGUCCC